GCAUACAAUAUUAAAAUCCAAUACUGAAGCGUGAAUUACUUGGUUAAUUUAAUCAAAACACGAGUGGCUGUUGCUAAAUUUGAGGUGCGAGCUGUUCUGUAGGCCCUCUUGUUUUUGCCAACCUUUGAACUGCCUUGGUGGAGGGAUGUCCAUCAGAGUCUCUCCCAUGUUUCCAAACUUCUGUUUCUGCUGCCUGUGUGCCCACUCCGGCUCUCUGUUGGCAUAUGCUCACGUAUCAUGGAGUUGUGAGUGGUUUAGGUGUGAAGAGGCCUGAAAGAUUGUAUAGUUCCAUCUCCCCUGCCAUGGGUAGGAACACCUCUCAUUAGACUAGGUUCCUCAAAACUCCAUCCAACUGGACUUGAACACUAUCAGGGAUGGGGCAUUCACAGCUUCUCUGGGCAACCUGUUCUGGUGCCUCACCACCCUCCCAGGAAAGAAUUUCAUCCCAGCAUCUAAUCUAAAUCUGCCCUCUCUCAGUUCACAACAGCUGCCCCUUGUCCUGUCACAACAUACCUUGGUAAAAAGUCUCUGUGUUAUAAGCCCCCUUAAAUACUGGAAGGUCACAAUCGGGUCUCCACAGAGCCUUCCCUUUUCAUGACUGCACAACCCCAGCUCUCUGCCUGUCCUCCCAAGGGAGGUGUCCCAGCCCUUCCAGCAUCUCUGUGGCCUUCUCUGGACCUGACCCUUCAGCCCUGUCUCUGUUCUGCUGGGAUCUCACCAGCGUGCAGGACACGAGGAGAGUCAGGACAGGACCCCAGCAAAGGCAGACAGCACUGCAGCGUCCCACAGAGGCAAGAUUUUCACAUAAUCACAGAAUUGUUAGGGCUGGAAGGGACCUCUAGAGAUCGUUCAGUCCAAUCUCCCCGCUAAGGCAGUGUCACCCAGAGCAGGUGACACGGGAAUGUGCACAGAGGGUUUCAGUAUCUCCAAGGAGUGAAAUUCCACACUCGCCCUUGGCCAGCCUGUUCCAGUGCUCUGCCACUCUCAGUGUAAAGAUAUUCUUCCUCGUGUUGAGGUGCAACUUCUUGUGUUUCAGUUUACGGCCACUGCUCCUUGUCCUGUCGCUGGGCAGCACUGAAAAAGUCUGGCACCAUGCUCUUGGCACUCGCCUUUGGGAUAUUUGCACGCAAUAAUGAGAUCCCUUCCGAGUCUUCUCUCCAGAUUAACCAGGCCCAGCUCCCGCAGUCUCUCCUCUUAAGAGAGAUGCUCCAGACCCCUCCUCAUCUUGGUGACCUUCCUCUGGACGCUCUCUGGCAGCUCGGUGCGUUUCUCACAGCGCGGAGCCCGGGCUGGCCCGGCCCCGCCGCUCCUCCGCGCCAGCAGGGGCCGCCGCCGCCCGCCGCAGCCGCUCCGGCAGCGCCGCUUCCGCGGGGCUCGGCCAUGGCGGCGGGCGCCAGGAGGGCCGUGUACCCGCUGUUCCAGAGGGGCGGCCCGCAGCUGCGGAUCUUCCGUCCCAACUUCUUCAUGCUGGCGGUGCGGCCCGGCGUGCCGCAGCCCGAGGACACCGUGCAGUUCCGCGUCUCCAUGGAAAUGACAAAAGUGGAUAUCAGGAAUUACCUUGAAAGAAUAUACAAUGUGCCGGUCGCUGCAGUGAGGACCAGGAUACAGUAUGGUGCAAACAACAAGAGGAAUCACAGGAAUCAGAGAGUGAAGAAGCCAGAUUACAAGGUUGCCUAUGUACAGCUGGGCCAAGGACAAACCUUUCAGUUUCCCAACCUAUUUCCAGAGAAAGAACAAGACGCAGAAACUCGCUCUUUCGAUGACUUCAGGGAUAAAUAUAUGGAGAAAGAGAAGCAGAAGCAGGAAGGUGACCCCAGACGAGGUGGAGUCCCUGAUUGGUUUGGACUUUGAUGCAACAAGCCAGCUGCCUUCCUUUAGGCUCAGAGGGAUUUUGAUUAGCACAACUUGCACUCUUCUUGUAAUGACCGAAUGUUUAUUCUUGAGCAGCCCUUGCUAGUGUGUGUUUUUUCUGGCUGCUUGUGCAUGACUACAACAAAAUGGCCCUGAAGAAAUAAAAAGGUAAAAUAAAUCUGACUGCACCAGGUCUUUUCCGUGAA